AUGAAGCCUGCACUACUUGGAAUGUUGCAAUCAACUGUUCAAUUCUAUGGAUUAGCUAAUGAGGAUCCCAAUGCUCAUAUAGCUGAUUUCUUAGAAAUUUGCGACACUUUCAAAAUGAAUGGUUUUACCGAUGAUGCCAUAUGGUUGAGGUUAUUUCCAUUCACGUUGAAAAAUAAAGCGAAGGCUUGGUUGAAUUCGCUUGCAUCUGGCUCAGAAAUCACCAAUUUUGGACAAAGUGAUGGUGAAUCUUUGCAUGAAGCUUGGGAUAGAUUUAGGGAACUUCAGCGAAGUUGCCCACAUCACAAUCUUCCUAAUGAAUUGUUGAUGCAAACUUUCUAUAAUGGAGCAAGCGAAGCAACUAGAGGCAUGAUAGAUGCAGCAGCUGGCGGUUCCUUGAUGAAGUCAAAUGAGAAGGCGAAACAAACACCUGCCAAGGAGCAAUUACCAAAAGGUGUUUACUCAGUGGACCAAGCGACUGCUCUCCAAGCUCAAGUUGAUGUUUUGACCAAACAAAUGCAAAACAUGUUUGUAGCAGCCGUGCAAGCAAGUUGCGAUUUGUGUGGACAAUUGGGGCACAAUAGUUUUGAAUGCUAUUUGGCAGCCCCAAGUGACACCGAACAAGUGAACUUUGUUGUUGCACAAGGUCAAGGGAGAGGUGGAAAUAACCCUUAUUCUAAAACGUACAAUCCAGGAUGGAGAAAUCACCCAAAUUUCUCUUGGAGCAAUUCUGCCAACAACGCUCCAAGACCCGCUCAAGGACCACCCGGAUUUCAAAGACCACCACCACCACAAGACCGAUUGGGUGCAUUUGAGUCCAAAAUGGACAAGUUCAUGGAAUCAAUCACCAAUCGGUUCAAAAUUCAAGAUCAGAAUCAAAAAAAUCUAGAAGAGAAGUUUGAUCAUAUCACAAAGAAUCAAUCAUCGGCAAUACAUGAUCUUGAGGUACACUUUGGUAUAAUGGUUAAUACCAUGGCUGCCCGUAAUCCGGGAAGUUUACCAAUCCAUACCAAAAAUCCAAGAGAUGUAAAAGCAAUGACAUUGAGGAGUGUAAAGGAGCUGGAACCAUCCUUUAAGAGUCAUGAGAAAACACCUGUUCAUGAAAAGGAAGUGAAGAUCGAGGAGAAGCAAGAAGUGGAUACUCCCUUGAAGAACUACGUUCCACCUCCACCAUUUGUUCCGAAGAUUCCAUUCCCACAACGACUGAAGAAGCAACAAAAUUAUCAACAAUUUGCCAAUUUCUUGGACAAGGUUAUAAGGAAUUGCAAAUCAAUCUCUCUUCGGCGGAAGCAUUGGAGCAAAUGCCUAAUUAUGCAAAGUUCCUCAAAGACAUCUUGA